AUGAACCAGUACAAGAGAGAUGCAUUUCAACAAUGUAUGCCCCCCACCGUUGGCUGCCAACCUUCCCCCGGUCCCGCUGCCAACCUUCCCCCGGUCCCGAUUCUCUACUGUUAUCGUAGCGAGUCCUUGCUGCGAGGUACUGUAUCACCAGAGAAUUUACGAAAAUCUGUCCUUGGUCGUGCUCCGCAUAACGUCGAGGUCGCACGUCGUACACCUACCGACAUCUCUCGCCGUGCGACUAUCAGUGGUCCUUACACAGAUGCACAGUUCACAGUGUACGAUCCCGGUUUGGGUGCUUGUGGCAUCACGAAUGUUCCUAGCGACUUUGUCGUAGCCCUUGACUCCGACCAAUACGGUUCGGGCUACCCGGGUCCGAACUGCUUCCUCUCGAUCACCAUCCAGGUCGGCAACACCACUGCGAUCGCACAGAUCACCGAAGAGUGCCCUAGCUGCCCGCUCUACGGGCUGCAGUUGACGCCAGGCCUGUUUGAGGUCUUCGCGGCCCUUGAGGUGGGAGUGCUUUAUGGCACUUGGUGGGUCAAUUGA